AUUAAAUUUAGUAUGGCACACGCCUAGUGAUAUCUAAGACCUUUUAGAACAUUUUGAUUGGCUGAUUAUGUCUUUUUAAGAUGUGUACACGUACGAGAUUCGCAUUCUUUAUUUUUGCACCUAACGAACUACAAUGAAAAUCCCUCAGGUUUUUUGCUUAGUUGUCUUACUCUUUAUAAGUGUUGAGGUUCUCGGGCAGAGGCAAAAAGGUUCUAGGAAUUCGGGGAACAAUGGAAUUGGCAAUGGUCCCAAUCAAGAGAAUGGGAGCGGUAGAAAAUCCGGCUGGAGGCACUCGGAUCGACAUGCAGCAGAACAUGGUGGAGAAAGAAAACACAGGAAUCGCGGAAGGAAACACUCAAAACAUGACCAUGUGACCACUCCGGAACCAGUUUUAACCGAGAAAGACAUGGUUCAAUUUCUUUGUAAUCAGUGUAAGCAGAAAGAACCAAAUAAUGCAAACUGCCAAAAUUUAUGCAAAGCUUCAACCACCACCGAUGUUAAUAAAACAAUUGCCGGGCAAUUAGGAAACCCGUUUUGUAGCUUUUGUGAAUACUAUCGAAGCUACCCAAGUUAUUAUCAAAUGUGCAGAAAUCGGAUGUGUGCAGCAGGAAAGAAAUAAAGAAAAAAACAUUUUUAUACUACAAAAGUUUAUCAUUUUUAUUGAUGCUUGCAUUUUGGAAAUCCCUUUUUGUAAUUUUUUGAUAUUUGUGAUUAAAAAGUUGUUCGAACGAAUGUCAACACUACAAUAUUACUGUUUCGUUUGAUAAUAAAACGAAUUAACAUUUUAAUCGUCCCUUAAAGCUUAAUAAAACUGACAGAAGCAUUAUUUAAAACUGUUACCAGUUUUGGACUAAAGGAGCUAAUUGUAUUUCAUGUUUAUACUCAUAAAAUAUUGUAAUAACGCUAACAUGGAUUUCAAUUUAUGAUAUCAAGUUAUCGUGGUUUUUGUGGUAUUUGUUGCAUCAAAUUUUCAUGCAUUUAUUGUUUCUUUACAAAAUUAUAAGAGCUUACAUCACGUUUUCAAAAUGUCCUAAGAAGACUGGAUAGUCGUCGAAGUCAUUUUAGACUUCAAUAAUUUUAUGAGAAGAGGCG